AUCAGAACCUAAUUUAGUAUUUAUUCGAAAUACGCAUAAGUAUUCUUGCAACGGGACGUUUUUGAUUUAAAGAGUUAUAAUUGUUUCGGAUCUAGUUAAUUUUUAUUCAAUAAAAUGUCACAACUGAAGGAAAUAGACGUACUUAGAAAAAUUUCGUUUCUAUCGGUUUUAUCACACAAACAUGAAGAAAAGAGAAAAUCUCUACCGCCUUCAAUAUGGAAAGAACCAAAAGACGAUUUUCAUUUAGUUCAUAUCACAAUGUUCCUGUUAGGAUUCAUGAGCCUAAUGCCAAUGACAUUUUUUUCAGUUGCCAAUGAUUAUUGGUUGUUCAAAUUCAGAAACAGUACGAUGGAUUCAGAAACGUCAAACGGCGAAGACAGAACAAACCUUCAACAAUAUUUUCAGUCUAUAACGAUAAUCGUCCAAACUGUGCCAUCGGCAAUUUUAUCUGCGUUGACUAUGACUUACUCGAAAUAUAUCACAGAAAGAACAAUUGGUUCGUUGAUUAGUCUGGCGAUAGUUUUCGCUGUGUUCGUCAUUUUUGCCAAAAUAAAUACAGACGCUUGGCAGACUGGAUUUUUUAUUUUGAGCAUGAUACUUUUAUUUAUCAAUAGUGUUUUUCUAUCAGCUUUCCAAUCAUCUUCAUUACUACUAGUAGCCAAACUACCUCAAGACUAUUUAAUGUACUAUAUGAUCGGCCAAAAUGGUACAGUCUUAACGACAUUAUUACAAAUCGUCUCACUAACAGUAACAACUUCAAGUUCGACCACUGGAUUAAUGUAUUUCAUAGCAGGAACAAUUUUCAUACUGAUAACAUUGAUAUUAUUAGUUUUAAUGAUUCGGACUGAAGUGUUUAAAUAUUAUGUGACCGAAACUGAUGAUGAAUCUGACAAUGCCACGUUUUCCGAUAUGAAAGAGUUGAUGAAAGAAAUAUGGCCUUGUCAAUUAUUGACGUGUUUUUUAAUUUUUAAUAUUUGUUUGAUCAGCCCAUCGUUGACGACAUUGGUCGAGCCUCAGAAAGGACAAAAUUAUGAUUUAUGGACAUCUAAAUAUUUUAUACCUGUGACCGUUUUCCUGAUAAACGACGUGUUUUGCAUCGUUGGAAAACUUUUAACAAGGAAAAUUGUAGUUACGAAAUCCAACCAAUGGUGGCACAUCAGCUUUACACUUAUCUUCACAUUUAUUGAAAUACCGUUUUAUUUCCUUUGCAAUGCCCAGCCUAGAACUUUGCCCGUGAUAUUCCAUCAAGAUUGGCAAUUUAUAGUAAUGAACAUAUUAAAUGCAUUGUAUAGUGGAUAUGUAAUCAACCUCUCGUUUAUGAGUCUAAAAACAUUAUCUGGUGGCCAGGAAAAUGCAGCUUUCUCAAUAAUUAAUGUCACAGCUUCUGUCCUGGGUAUGGUAUUUUGCGCAAAUGGACUUAUUGGGGUGAAAUUAUUAAAUAUCUAGGCCAGAUCAAUAAUAAGUAAUAAAUCAAAAGAAAUUGGAGAUAAUCUUCAGAGGAGACAAAAAAAAGAUUUGAG